UUCAGCUUUGGGUUGUUGAUUUAGCAGGAUCAAUCAUUAAUUGUUCUGCUAUAUAUGUUCUUAACCAUGACAACCUGAUUAGGCUCUUAGUUUAUUAUGGUCUUUGUUCUGGGUGGAUCUCUGACUAUUCUGGGUGGGCAUGAAUCUCUUCUUUGUUUCUUCAUCUCCUCUUAUUCUGAUUCCUGCGUUUGUUUUAUGUGAAGGUUGCUCCGAUGAGGACAAACUGCUUCUGCAGGUGGACGGGCCCUCAAGGCUGCGCUGCCUAUUCCUCCUGCUACCCCCACACGUGCAAACACAAAGCCGUCGAUGCAUUGAGGGCUCAAUGUCGUCUCCGCCGGCUGAGCGGCAAGCCGGGGUUGGGCCUGCACACCGUCUAUCAGCACCCUCCCGCGUCUCCAUUCACGGAUCUACAGUUCUGGGGCCAGGCAACCUUGAAUCCAACGUCCACCUGCAGGCUACAUCUCAGGGAGGAGCCGGGCGACAAGGCAGUCAGACCAAACUCUCUAUCCAUAUAUAUAGGUAGUCUGAUGUUAUGCCAUAGCCGAACCAUAUAUGUUUCGUGUACUGCUCUAUCAAUCUGGUCUUUUGGUAUAUUAGACUCUAUCCUUUGUAAUGAACUUAUUGUCAUGGGCGAUCAUUAUGACUGGAUCGUAUGGUAUG